UAUUGUUGCUGCUAUUCUUCUCCUUCUUCUAUUACUACUAUUACCAUUACUACUACUACUACUACUAUUACUACGUGCGCCGUCAAGUUUUCUUUCUACGAGGGUUAUCUUCAAAAGCAACGACGACGACGACGACGACGACGACGAGACGACAAUAUAUCGUCGAGUGAGAACCUCCUGGGGAUAUUCGCCCGGUCGGAAAUUCACGCGAGUGCUCCACGACGCUUUUUUUAGGAGUUGCCCGAUAGAUCAAAACGCUACGUCGACAGAGAAAUUGCUUUUCUAGUUUUACUUCUAUAUUUCUUAUUAUUUUUCCGCGAUGACUAGCAACGUCUUUCAAUAAUGUCGAUAACUACAGUUAAUUACGUGAAAAAGCUACGAUUAAAGAGAGAUUAUUCCAUUACGAUUGAAAGCUUAUUGCUUUUCGUAUAAAAUGAGAGAGAAAAAGAAUAAGAAAGAAGGGCUCUCGUAAUUUUAAACACACGCGUUUGGGCCCUUCGAUAAUCUUUUUCCAUUGUGCUACCCGACGCCGUCCUUCAUCGUCGUUCUUCAUAUUUUUUAUCCGUCGAGACACGCUGAAUUAUAUAUCGGUUGGAGGAAUUAGUUUCAAAGGGUGCACAAUAUAUGGGGAGAUUUAUUCUUCUUAUCAGUGAUGAUCCUAAGAGUGCCGCUUUUUUUCGGCUGACUGCCAAGAUCAGCCUUACCGGCUUAUUGCGCGAAGAAAAUACGCUAUGUAAAUAUUAAACGACAUUAAGUAUCGUACGAAUCUUGUGCGAUCUGCAAGCUUUCUUAAGCAUGCUCGUGACGAGUGAUAUCCCGGGUCAUCUUCGAGAUCUCUAAGAUCUAAAGAUCCCCUCGUCCUGACGGAAGUUUAAUGUGAAACUUUGAGAAUCGAAAGACGAUUCGUUCAAAUAUGACGUCCGUUUUCAUUACUACUACUUUUACGUGAAAAAAGAAGGGUGAAGAAGAGAAAGGUAGAGGAAGAGAUUGCAGCUUGCAAGCUCGGUAAUAGAGAAUGUAGUUGAGAAGAGAAGUAUAGUAAACUAUUAAUCAAGGAUAGGACUCGUUUCGAGAAUGCUGGAAGACGAGUUCCUCCAGUGUUUUCGAGAGUUUAGUUGGUCGAGUCUGUUUAGUUUAAGGACAAAUCUUCGUCAAGUUUGGUCUUAAUGCCUGAACGGUGCGACGAUCGAAGAAGAAGAAGAAGAAGAAGAAGAAGAAGAGAUGAAGAAAGAAAGCAGAGGAGGAAUGCAGUGGUACGAUGCGGAGUUUCGAGGUCGAUCUCGAAUAUAAUAGGAUAGGAAAUCGUGAUAUCAUCGUGGACGGCGGACCUUUACCGUUGAGAGGAAAACACUGGCAGCUUUCGGACGCUUCCAUCGUCGUCGUCGAUAACCUUGGCGAUCGAGGAACGGCGAGGGAGAAGCUUCCUUGAGCAUACGAUGUGUGUGAGCUUUGCUAAAGAUUCUAGAAAGGAUUUUUUAAUAAAAAUCAGCAAUUUUGGUGAGUUCAAGAAAUAGUGAUCGCAGGUAAGAGGAAAGAAAGUAGAAGAGAAGAGCAAAAGAUAAAGAGAGAGAGAGAGAGAGAGAGAGAGAGAGAGAUAGAGAGAGAAAGAGAGAUAGAGAGAGAAAGUGAGAAGGAGUGAAAUAUAAAAGAAAGAUUCCACCGUCGAGCAUGGCCUCGGUGGCAGCGUGGCUGCCAUUCGCCCGUGCGGCGGCGAUCGGUUGGGUGCCGAUCGCCACACACCCACUGCCACCGCCGCCGAUACCAAAGGAUCGUCGUAAAGCAGACGACGAAAAGCUCCUUAUUAAUGUAAGCGGCCGUAGAUUCGAGACUUGGAGGAAUACCCUCGAAAAGUAUCCGGACACGUUGCUCGGUUCGAAUGAGCGCGAGUUCUUUUACGACGAGGAGAGCAAAGAGUAUUUUUUCGAUCGGGAUCCGGACAUUUUUCGUCAUAUAUUAAAUUAUUACAGAACCGGUAAACUCCAUUAUCCAAAACACGAAUGUCUUACGAGCUACGACGAGGAGCUCGCUUUCUUCGGCAUUCUCCCGGAUGUGAUAGGCGACUGUUGUUACGAGGAUUAUCGCGAUCGCAAACGCGAAAAUGCAGAGCGUCUGAUGGACGACAAACUAAGCGAAAAUGGCGAUCAAAAUCUUCAACAGUUGCUCGAUAUAAGACAGAAGAUGUGGCGGGCUUUUCAAAAUCCGCACAUUUCAACCGCGGCGUUGGUUUUCUAUUACGUUACUGGUUUCUUCAUUGCCGUGAGCGUGUUGGCGAACGUUGUUGAAACUGUACCAUGCGGCAAUAGACCGGGUCGCGCGGGUACACUUUCAUGCGGCGAACGAUACAAAAUCGUGUUCUUUUGUCUCGAUACAGCCUGCGUAAUGAUCUUCACCGCCGAAUAUUUGCUCAGGCUUUUCGCCGCCCCAAGUCGUUGUAAAUUCGCGCGAUCGGUGAUGUCGAUCAUCGACGUAGUCGCCAUACUGCCCUAUUACAUCGGUCUCGGUAUAACUGAUAACGACGACGUUUCCGGCGCUUUCGUAACAUUACGCGUAUUUCGCGUAUUUCGAAUCUUCAAGUUCUCCAGGCACUCCCAGGGACUCAGGAUUCUUGGUUACACCCUCAAAUCCUGCGCAUCCGAGCUUGGCUUCUUAGUAUUUUCCCUUGCCAUGGCCAUCAUCAUUUUCGCUACCGUCAUGUUCUACGCAGAGAAGAACGUUGACGGUACCAAUUUCACUUCAAUACCUGCUGCCUUCUGGUACACCAUUGUUACGAUGACUACGCUGGGAUACGGUGACAUGGUUCCGAAAACGAUCGCGGGAAAAAUCGUCGGGGGUGUAUGCUCCUUGAGCGGUGUCCUAGUGAUCGCUUUACCGGUACCUGUAAUCGUCAGUAAUUUCAGCAGAAUAUAUCAUCAAAAUCAACGUGCUGAUAAAAGGAAGGCACAGAGGAAAGCGAGAUUGGCUCGCAUUAGGAUUGCUAAAGCGUCGAGUGGUGCGGCCUUUGUCAGCAAAAAGAAAGCAGCCGAAGCUCGAUUAGCUGCGCAGGAGAGUGGUUUGACGUUAGACGAAAACUACAAGGAGGAGGAUAUUUUCGAGUUACAGCAUCAUCAUUUACUUCGAUGUUUAGAGAAGACGACGGAUCGUGAGUUCGUGGAAAUGGAAGUGCCCUAUAAUGGUGCCCCAAAGAGGCCAGGUUCACCGUCACCACUGACGUCACCUGCCCAUAGCACUGCCUCGAGAGGUGGCCUCCUGCAUUCCUGUUGCGGUCGCUGCUACCCUCAGCGUUACCAGAGCUUGUCCUAUCAGCUCACCUCGAACGAGAGCAAGGAUAGAGUGGUGCUCGUAUAUGGCGACCGUAUACAAGUGCGGACAAAGGACCUAAAGAAGCGCGGUUCCCACACCUGUGACAUGCAGGCCCUACAGCCACUUCCGGUCCCCACCACCACCACAACCAACACUGCGCCUGCCAUGACUACUUCCGGUGGGCAGCCACCGCUUCCGCUUUCGGAGACCGCUUGAGUACGAUCGAGACCAAUCACAAUCACCAUAUCCACUAAUAAGAUCACCUAUAACUUUCAUCGUUCUUCUCUACUGAUUGCUUCGAGAACGAACUACGGUGGCCAUCUGGCCACGAAUACGAUACGAAAAUGACAUUGAAUGGUAGAAAUGGAUCAUUCACAAACGAUGGGAACGAGCUUCGUUAUCUGGUCAUCGACCAUACAAUACCAACUAACUAUCUCUCUCUCGAAGUAACUCUGAGAGAGCCUCGAGGUAUAAUCUCGCAGAGAUAUCGAUCAAAGUUCUCCACUCUCAACGGUGUUACUCUCCUCUCUAGUUUCCUGGGGUGCAAGCAACCGAGUCGAGUGUGUUAUUUCUAUCGCUCAUUCUGCUGCUUUAGCCAGUUUCACCAAGCUAUAUUCAUGCAGAGACAUUUCCACUUACACAACCGCAAAUGGUUUGAAAAUGAUAAACCCGAAUGAACCCUUAAAGGCUCUCUAAUAUCCAAUUACCAAAAAUGUUGUGAACGGUUUAGAAAAUAUCUUACAUUUUGCAUUGUCAGAGUAAAAUAUUCGUAAAAUAUUUAACGAAACGAUGAGAAUAAAGUUAUAUGAUUCAUUUUGUAGAAAUAAAAUAUUAUACAAUUUCGUUGUAACUUUUUCAUGUACAUUAAAAUUCCUUUCUAGUACACCGCGCAUAUACGCAAUCAGAUAAAGGCAAAGAAGUGAGAUUUGAAUGCAACUUAAAGACGAGAUAUUCCCAUUUCCCAUUGUAAUUUAAGAAUUUUUUCGUAGUAUGUCGUGAAGAAAUAUUUUUAUACUUCGAAAAAUUAUUAUAUAUCUUCCAUGUAGAUAGAUACUCGGCAGUUUAAUAUUUUGUUUUUUAUUUUUUGCCAGACGUUCUAGAAGGCUGACUUUAAAAAGUAACAUUGAAAUCCUUUUUUCUCUUUUAAUCCUUUACUCUCGUUUGACUUUUGGAAAUUUGGUUGGGGCUUAAAAAAAGCUGCGACAAUAGAUGACCGAGUUCUCGACUGUUCAUGAUUGGCGGGCUUGUUACGAAUAACUUUUAAAAACUACUGACUAUUAUUUCGAGAACUCGCAUAAGACUCGUUAAUAACUGCAUCGGAUUCUGCUAGAAUUUUUUAAGAAUACAAAGAGAUAGAAAGAGAGAGAGAAAUAGUAGGAUUUUAAGCUUACUAUGAGACAUACCUCAUAGUAUAACAAACAAUACAACAUACCUUGAACAAGAUAAACUUUCGCAUUAGAGCGCAUUUUUCAUAUUAGAUAAUAAAAUGCGCUAGUUUGACUUUCGAAAGAAUAUUAAAGAAUGAACAAUUGUUAUUUUUGUGACAGUAUUUUCCGUGAAAAAAAUUUGUUUUUCGAUAAAUUUUCAAAUAUCAUCCCAUGUUAUUUUCACUAAUCCGAUCGAGCUCUUUCGACCCAAAGCAGUUUAAGUAAUGAAAUAUCUAUUAGUGACACAAUGAAGCUGAUGUUAUUCUAAUUAGAUGUGUAUCGAUCAUGUUACAUGGAGGUUUACAUUUUGCGGCUGGCCAGAGUCAUAGAAAUUUUACCAUAUUCCUGUAAUUCUAUUAAUACGAUUACUGACGUUGACACGUUUUAAAUGCGUCCUCGUAGCAACAUCAUUUUCUACGUAUAUACUAUAUAUAUAUAUAUAAUUUACAUUAUUAAAUAAUUUAU